AUGGCGUUCAUCAACAACAACAUCAUGACCAACAAACUUACCACCGCUUCCAAAACGACGACGAAGAACAACAACGACGAAAAGCUUGCAUCGUUUGGAGACCUCCCUGAAGAGUUGAUGCAGCAUGUCCUAAGUUAUGCGGAUGUCCCAACACUGGGUGCAUGUGCAAUGGCUUCCAAAGGCCUCAGCCAACUGACCAAGAGAGACGCCGUGUGGGCCGUGCACUUGAAGGCACUUCUCAAGAAGCUAUACGACGAAAACAUGGAUGUCCCCUACAUGCUCUCCGAGACAGAGUCGCCCAAGUCAACCCAGUUCCUUGACUUCCUCAAGGUGCUCUGUUCGGAGAUGGGCAAAUCGCCAUCAUGGGACACAAACGUUGACAGACACUUUUGCUCCUGGUUGGCCGCUUUGGACUUGGAUCGAUCGGAGGUGCUUUCCAACCUAUUCCACGGACUCUUCGUGGCUGAUGUCUCGUCUUCUCGUGAAUACUACAAGCUUGUUGGAUCAUGGGCCGUUGUUGGCUACGAAAACUCACGCAACCAGUUGGGCUUUUGCCGCUGUCCCAUGUGCCCCUGCUACUACAACUGGGACGAAGAUGGAGCCCUUGACGAUUUGCCUGCCAUCCGCUUGUUUCGUCCUGAACUUUUGGCUCGAUGUGGAGGUGUUGAAAAAUGCUUUCGGACUAGCUAG